GUAUUGCGUUAUUCCAACAAAUCUGGUUAUGUUUGCUGUGGAACUACUACCGGAAAGGUGACAUUACAUGAUCCUUCAACGCUUCAGUGCAUCAACGCUAUUGAUGCUCAUUCUGGUUCUAUUUCUGAUAUUGAUGUUAGCGAUAAUUUUCUCGUAACAUGCGGCUUUUCAACAAGACAUAGUCAUUUAAAUUGCGAUCGAUUUCUGAUGAUGUAUGAUUUACGAUCAAUGAGAGCACUAAAUCCGAUACAAGUUCACUUCGAUCCUACUUUGUUAAAAUUUAUGCCAAACUAUACUUCCCGGUUGGCCGUGGUUUCCCAUACUGGCCAAUUUCAAAUUUGUGAACCAGGAGUUCCGCUAACGCCAUCUAGCCUAAUUGUUCAACAAAUCGAAUCUACUGGCUACCCACUUGCUUUUGAUGUAUCGCCAUCCGCCCAAGUAUUUGCUUUCGGCGAUAGUGAAGGGUAUCUGCAUGUCUGGACUAAUCGAGAAGAUGCUAUGAUGAAUAAUUUUGGACAACCAACUGAAUUUGCAGCUGAUGAAAAUCGGCUGCCAUACCUCGAUAUUAACGAUCCUUUUGUACGAUUGUCUACGGUGCCUAUGGAUUACACUUAUGACAAGCUGUUAUCUGAUUGGUCCAAUGAAUUGACAGAAGUGAAAGACAGGCGCUUAGCACCCAUAGAUCCGAAAAUUUUAGAAAGCAUGAAAAUGAAUAAUUUUAUCGGAUAUGCUCCGGCACCGGUCAAUUACAAACGCAAUCAGGCAUAUCUCUUUCGUAAUGUUACGUCAUUACAUAAAUUAGAUGCGUUAAGUGAAUAUUAUGGUGAAAUACCAAAGCGUUAUCAUCGUGUAGCUAUGAAGUACUCCAAACUUGGCUUAGAAGAUUUUAACUUUGAGUCAUACAAUCGAACCAAUUUUGCUGGUUUGGAGACUGAUAUACCCAACGCAUAUUGUAACUCUAUGCUGCAGGUGCUAUACUUCUUACGGCCCAUGUGUAUCGGAUUGCAAAACCAUUCAUGCGACAAAGAGCCUUGUUUCGCGUGUGAAUUAGGAUUUCUUUUCCGAAUGUUAGAUUAUUCGAAAGGACAGCCGUGCCAGGCUAAUAACUUUCUUCGUGCAUUUCGAGCAAUACCUGAAGCCGCUGGAUUAGGCUUGAUAUUGCCGGACACCGAAGAAGCUUAUAAAAAUGCAAAUUUAGCACAUCUAAUUCAAAGUUGGCAUCUGUUUGUAUUACAACAGCUAUCUAGAGACACCUACAAAAAGGAUGACAAGUCUGAAGCUACAGACAAUGAUGGAGCGUGGUUCUUGAAGUUGUAUGAAAGUAAAUUGGAAAUUAUUACCAAAUGCGGCUGUGAAAAUAAAGAUAUUAGAACAUCUUCUACAUUACUUUAUACACUUACUUAUCCAAGUAAAUCAUCGCAACCCAAUAAAGACAAGCAGGCUAAUUCCAAUGAAAUAAAAACCCAUUCCUUUUGCUCAGUCCUACUAUCUAGUAUGUCAAAAACACAAAAUGUUUUUGCUUGGUGCGAACGAUGUCAGAAAUAUCAGCCAAGCACUCAAACAAGAUUAGUUAAAAAUCUGCCUGAUAUACUUGCAAUUAAUUGCCAAGUUGAUAAUGAAGAAGGCAUUCACUUUUGGAAAUAUCAGGACAUGGUAGCUGUAAUUUUAAUACUUAACGACAGAAUAUGCCAUAUUAGGUUUCAACUAUAUAUAUUUUAUUAUGAUCUGAAUUCACCGUUAUUUGAUUGUUGGUACUUCUUACAGGAAGUCUUAUUAGGAGAAGGAUAUUUAAAAUGUAUAUUACUUAACAGGCACUGGCUACCCAAUAAAAUCCAGGCUCAGAUCGUAGAUGACGAACUAGUUAUGAACGCAAUCGACUCCAAAGGCGUACGGCACACGACUUGGUAUCUCAUCAAUGAUUUCUCUAUCACGCCUAUCCCGCCGGUCGAUUCCUCAAGCUUUAGUCUUGAUUGGCAAAUACCUUGUAUUUUAUAUUUUAUUAAAGCUAGCGUAUUUCAAAAUUUCGAAGGUGGAGGUAAAAUAUGGAUCAAUUUUUCUAUCAUCCUUGCGGAUAAAUCACUAAAUAAAAAUCCCGAAAUCAGCACGUCUUCGUUUGUAACGCCGCUAGAGGAAGACCUACCAGGCAAAGGAGAUCUCGUCGGCCUUGAUACUGAAUUUGUAUCAUUAAAUCAGGACGAAGCUGAAAUUCAUUCUGAUGGUACAAGAUCAACUAUAAAACCAAGUCAAAUGAGUGUAGCUAGAAUUUCGGUCAUUUACGGAUCAGGACCGAAACGUGGAACAGCUUUUAUUGAUGAUUAUAUUUCAACAAGCGAACAGGUUGUCGAUUACCUCACUGAAUUUUCUGGUAUUCGCCCUGGAGACUUAGAUCCGAUGGUAUCAACCAAGUAUCUCACCACUUUGAAGGCGAGCUAUCGAAAAUUACUCUGUCUCAUAGAUAGAGGUGUAAUAUUUGUUGGACAUGGCUUGCGUAAAGAUUUUAGGGUUAUCAAUAUUAAAGUACCUAAUGAGCAAGUUAUCGAUACGGUGGAAAUAUACCAUCUUGAACGACAACGUUAUUUGUCCCUACGGUUCCUAGCGUGGUAUUUUUUGAAUCGUAAUAUUCAGACGGAAACUCAUGAUAGCAUUGAAGAUGCUGUCACUGCUCUCGAUUUGUAUGAUAAAUAUACCAAUACUAUUAAAAUGGGUAAUUUCAGGCAAAAGUUAAUUGCAUGCUAUGAAACUGGAAGAAAAUGUAAUUGGAAAGCACCCACUACUACUUAA